CAUUGUGAUAAAAUGUAACAAUACGGAAGCAUAGGGAGGGGCUAGUUCCGAGGAAUCAAGGUUACUCGAUUGCAUGCUGCGCAGCAAGGCACUGUGGUGGGUUACGUAGGUUCUAAAACUGCGACUGUCUCUGCCACACGCCAGUAAGGUUGCUAUCGAGCUAGCUAGCAUCGUAGUAGUCAAGAUGUCUGAUAUGGAAGAUGACUUCAUGUGCGAUGAUGAAGAGGAUUAUGAUCUGGUAAACUCCUCAGAAGAAUAUUCAGAGGACAGCAACUCUGAGCCAAAUGUUGAUUUAGAGAAUCAGUAUUACAAUUCCAAAGCCCUGAAGGAGGAUGACCCGAAAGCAGCUCUCAGUAGCUUCCAGAAGGUGUUGGAGCUUGAAGGGGAGAAAGGAGAAUGGGGGUUUAAAGCUUUGAAACAGAUGAUUAAGAUUAACUUCAAACUGACAAAUUUUCCUGAGAUGAUGAACAGAUAUAAGCAGCUGUUAACCUACAUACGGAGUGCAGUUACAAGGAAUUACUCAGAGAAAUCAAUCAACUCCAUCCUUGACUAUAUCUCAACAUCAAAGCAGAUGGACUUGCUGCAAGAGUUUUAUGAAACAACACUGGAUGCAUUAAAGGAUGCCAAAAAUGACAGACUUUGGUUUAAAACCAACACAAAGCUUGGGAAGUUGUACCUGGAGAGAGAAGAGUACGGCAAGCUUCAGAAGAUUCUAAGGCAGCUGCACCAGUCCUGUCAGGUGAAGAAACACUCCUCAUCAAUGCAAUCAGAGGUUUUCACAGAGGUCUUUACAGAGACGGAUGAUGGCGAGGAUGACCUGAAAAAAGGCACACAGCUUUUGGAGAUCUACGCCCUGGAGAUCCAGAUGUACACGGCCCAGAAGAACAACAAGAAGCUGAAGGCGCUCUACGAACAGUCUCUGCACAUCAAGUCAGCCAUCCCCCACCCGCUCAUCAUGGGAGUAAUCCGAGAGUGUGGCGGGAAGAUGCAUUUGCGAGAGGGGGAGUUUGAGAAAGCUCACACCGACUUCUUUGAGGCGUUUAAGAAUUAUGAUGAAUCAGGAAGUCCUCGGCGUACCACAUGUCUCAAGUACCUGGUGCUAGCCAACAUGUUGAUGAAGUCAGGAAUCAAUCCUUUUGACUCACAGGAGGCUAAACCAUAUAAAAAUGAUCCAGACAUCCUCGCGAUGACAAACUUGGUCAGCUCCUACCAGAACAAUGACAUCACAGAGUUUGAGAAGAUUCUGAAGACCAAUCAUAGCAACAUCAUGGAUGAUCCAUUUAUACGGGAACACAUAGAAGAGUUAUUACGAAACAUAAGAACACAAGUGCUCAUCAAAUUAAUCAAGCCUUACACAAGAAUACACAUACCUUUUAUUUCAAAGGAGUUAAACAUCGACGCCGGCGAUGUGGAGAGCCUUUUAGUUCAGUGCAUUCUCGACAGCACAAUCAACGGACGAAUUGACCAAGUCAACCAACUGCUGGAACUGGAUCAUCAGAAGAGGAAUGGAGCCCGAUACAUGGCUUUAGACAAAUGGACAAAUCAGCUAAACACACUCAACCAGGCUGUUGUUAGCAAGCUGGCCUAAUUGGGGGAGUGUAAGUGAAAAGUGAUGUUUGAAGGCGGUGCGGGUGAGGUAUUUAAACUUGAGGAGUUAAUCCCUUUCAACUCUGUUGCGGUAACUGCGGGCCACGUUGUCAAGACGACAAUGGAUUGAUGGUGUCCAGAGCUUCCUAUGGCAAACCUAGUCACUCACAACACUGAUCUUAGAGGUCAGAGAUGACCGUCGCCAGCUUGUGUUUCACGGCCUUGUGCCAGUUUCUCCGCACAGCUAAACCCAGUCCUGGACUAAGAAGCAUGGUCAAUGAAGACGCUUUUUGAUAUUGGAAUAGAGAUGGCUGAUAGUGUUUCAAUACCAAGAGACUUUAUUUACAAUGAAAAUCUAAAAUUGCCAUCCAUUAUACAGGUGACUGUAAAAUCAAACUUACCUACAUUUACAAUACUGAUAAAGUAUCUGUUCUAUCCACUUUAUGGUCCCAUUUCAUUGAAAUGUUAAAAUCCAAAUUUUGAAGAUUUUGUCAAUGUUGAGCUUGUGCCGUGUUGAUAUCGGCAUGCCCAUUUCUGCAAAUUUGUUUAUUACGUUAUCUACAGUUAAGGUCCAGAUUUAAUGUGGUAUGUUGUUUGGAAACUGUUAGAAAUGUAUAUUUGAGCUUUUGUUUUGUUUAUAAAUAAAGGCUAAUUGUUGCUUCAUA